ACCGCGGCAGGACUGCGCGGAGCGGCGGGCGGCAGGCGCCAGGGCACCCCGGAGGAGGCGAGUCCUUCCGCGCCAGCGCCGCAACACUCGACUGCCAGCGCGAUGGGCGGGAGCCAGAGCAGUGGCACGACUGGGUCACACAACGGCUCGUGGGUCGUGGACACUGGCAACUUCACAACGCUGGGCCCGCUGCCGUGGUGCGGCGUGCUGCAGAACCCGCAGCACCUGCUGUUCCAGCUGGCCAACGCCUGCUUCGUCAUCUCCUACGCGGCGCCCAGCAGCCCCUACGGCGUGCUCUUCAUGCAUUCCGCGCUCAUACUCGGCUUCAUGCUGUUCUCGUUCUGGGCGUGGAACGUGAUCUGCGCGCCCGACGUCUUCUCGUGGAACUUCAGCUUCAUGCUGCUCAACAUGGGCCAGCUGGUCUACAUCAUCUACCAGAUGCGGCCCGUCAAGUUCGACCCGGAGCUCGAGGAGGCCUACCACACGCUCUUCGAGCCGUUCAAGGUGUCGCGACUCCAGUUCAAGAAGAUGGUGAGCGCAGAGUUCGCCCAGAUCAUGUCGCUGCACGCCGGCGAGGCGUACGCCAUGCAGAACAUCACGCGGACCGACCGGCUGGGACUGCUGCUCUCUGGAAAGGUGAACGUCAUGUGGGACCACCAGUUCCUGCAUCCCAUCAUGCCGUGCGAGUUCCUCGACUCGCCGGAAUUUGAGUCCAGUCGGGCCACCACCGACGAGAAGUUCAAGGUGUCGAUCAUCGCGGCGACGAGCUGCCGCUACCUGUACUGGCAGCGGUCGGCGCUGGAGUACCUGUUCGUCAAGGAGACGUACCUGGCGACGGUGCUCAGCACGCUGGUGGCGCGCGACAUCACCGUCAAGCUCUACUCCAUGAACCGGAAGAUCGUGACGGAGAAGGGCUCGCACCUGGACAUCCGCCUGCCCAGCAUCACGUCGUCGCUGACGUCGGAGCUGCGCAGCCCGCCGCGCGCCGUGCGCCACAGCACGCUGCUGGCCGGCGGGGCUCCCGUCUCCCCGGACUCAGUGUUCAGUGGCAGCCGUGAGCGACUGUGCCCUAAGGAGAACGGCCUGGGGUCGCUGUUGGCCAACGGCCGGCUGCUGGAGAUGGCGCCCCUGCGCGAGCUGCCGUCCAGGGACCACCUCGACCUGCCGGACGUCACCAGCGGCGUCGAGCGCUGGCUGGAGUCGGCCGCUGUCGCCGCAGCUCGCAAGUAGCUCCCUCCCGCUGUCCUCUCCACAGCCACGUGCAGCUGUCAGUCACUGCAUGUGGUGCCGACUACUGGUUCGACUCGGCCUCUGCCACCGCGGCUCGCAAGUAACUGCCACGCGCUUC